UAUUUUUCAAGCCAUCUUGACUGAAUAUUUAGCCUCAUCCAAGCAACAUUAAUUUGAUAUCUUCGGGAUUUUGCUGCCCCUAAGUUGCGAAACAGCAUCGUUUGAAAGGUUUAAACCACAGCUAUGAAACCGGGUCGAGUUUGUGUGUUUGACCGGAGUCACGGCGGAGAACCGGAGUGCUGAAGAUGACGCUGUCGCUCCUGAAAUUACCGGCGAGCUAAGCUAACGGCUAGCAUGUCCGCCUCGGUUGUAGCCUGUCACUAGCUGACAUUUAGCUAGCCGCAGUUGUUCUGUUUGGCUCUCGCACCACAGAGGACGACUUUAAAAGGGAGCUGGUGUAAACUCCCAUGCGGAAGGUGAGGAGGUGGGAAUGUGACACAGCUGAUCGCAGACUCAACAUGGGUAGGGGCCGGGGCCGAGGGAGAGGAAGGGGCAGGGGAUCGUCUGGCCAGUGUCGGCCCCCCUCGCCCUACAGACUGCAGCUCUCUCCGUCCAGGGAGACUUUGACAUACGCUCAGGCGCAGAAAAUAGUGGAAGUGGACCUAGAUGGAAGGCUCCAUCGGAUUAACAUCACAGAUUCUCUGCCGGUUAUUACCGAGGACGAGAUGAUGGCCCAGGACAUUGCCGAGUGCAACAGCAACAAGGAGAACAGUGAGCAAACGCAGAGUAAAACCAGAUCGUGGAGGAAACCCUCAAACAGUAAAAGCAGGAGGAGUGGUAAAAAUACGUCUCACCAGAACCAACGGUCUGGCUCUCAGCAGCACACAGGACCUACUAAUUCCUUCCAGCACCAAAGCCCGCUGCCUGAACCCACCUUUCGUGUGCUGGGUUCAUUUUGCCCCUCAGAGGCGCCUUCUCUCCCAGCAGCUUACUACCGUUACAUAGAAAAGUCACUGGAGGAACAGGACAGUGUGGCUGAGUAUGACAUGGACGAGGAGGACCAGGCCUGGCUGGAGAUGGUGAACCAAAAGAGGGUGUCUGAUGGCCAUGCCUCCGUGUCUCCGGACACUUUUGAACUGCUGAUUGACCGCCUGGAGAGGGAAUCCAUCCUGGAGUCCCGCAGCCAGGCACUGUCCCAGAGUGCCGUCGACGAGGACGCUUUCUGCUGCGUCUGCCUGGAUGACGAAUGUCUCAACAGUAAUGUCAUCCUGUUCUGUGACAUCUGCAAUCUGGCUGUCCACCAGGAGUGUUACGGUGUGCCCUACGUACCUGAGGGUCAGUGGCUGUGCCGCUGCUGCCUGCAGUCCCCCUCCCGUCCUGUAGACUGUGUGCUCUGUCCCAACCGCGGAGGUGCCUUCAAGCAGACAAGUGAUGGACGCUGGGCCCACGUUGUCUGUGCCAUAUGGAUCCCGGAGGUGUGCUUUGCCAACACGGUGUUUUUGGAGCCUGUUGAGGGGGUCAAGAACAUCCCUACCGCUCGCUGGAAGCUCACCUGCUACCUGUGUAAGCAGAAGGGCAGAGGAGCAUCCAUUCAGUGCCACAAAGCCAACUGUUACAGGGCUUUUCAUGUCACCUGCGCCCAGAAGGCUGGCCUGUUCAUGAAGAUAGACCCAGUGCGGGAGACAGGCGUCAACGGUACCACCUUCUCUGUGAAGAAGACUGCUUUCUGUGAGCAUCAUUCUCCAGUGGGGUCUCGGCGGGACGGGUCUGGAGACGAGUCGGUUGAAGGGAGACUGGUGGGGGGCAGGGGUAACCGGGGGCAAAGGUCUUACACUCAAAGCCCCCCCUCACCACCAAACAAGAAGGCUACCAAGGGCCAGAAGAAGAAGAAUACAAAGGGGUCUGGUGGGUCGACACGUCGCUCAACUAUGCCUGUGCUGCUUGUGCCUCAGAUACCCUCUCACAGGCUGAACAAGAUCUGCACAGGAGUUGAAGUCCAGAGGAAGAAUCAGUUCAUGCAGAGGCUUCAUAACUACUGGUUACUGAAACGACAGUCACGAAAUGGGAUGCCUUUAAUACGCCGACUUCAUUCCCAUCUACAGGCCCACAAGACUGCAGAGCAGAAGGAGCCUGAUGAGAAGCUGUGUGCUGCAAGAGAAGAGCUACGAUACUGGCAAAAGUUGAGGCAAGACCUCGAAAGAGCAAGACUUUUGGUGGAACUGAUCCGCAAGAGAGAGAGGCUAAAGAGAGAACAGAUGAAAAUUCAGCAGGCUGCUCUUGAAUUGAAGUUGACCCCCGCUUUGGUGCUCCUGCGAUCCACCUUGGACCAACUGCAAGAGAAGGACACAGCAAAAAUCUUCUCUCAGCCGGUCAACCUAUCAGAGGUCCCAGAUUACCUGGAGUUUAUUUCCCAACCCAUGGACUUCUCCACCAUGCGUACAAAACUGGAAGGACAUGCCUACUGUUCCGUCGCGGACCUAGAGAAGGACUUUGACCUCGUCAUCUCCAACUGUCUCAAGUACAACUCCAAGGACACCAUGUUUCACAAGGCAGCCUUACAACUGCGAGAGGUGGGCGGAGCCAUUCUCCGUCACGCCCACAGGCAGUCUCAGAGCAUUGGCCUGGACCCCAGCACUGGGAUGCAUCUCCCAGACACUCUGAACAAACAUGGCUUCUACAACUGUACGUGGGACGACGUCGACUCUCUCCUGGACCCAGACAACAGACUGCACCUAACCACAGAAGAUCAGCUUAAGGCCUUACUGGACAAACUGGACGUGGUUACAUCCAUGCGUACCAGUGGCGGUCGAACCAAACGCAUUAGGCUGCUGCGCCGAGAGAUCAACACUCUCAGACAGAAGAUGAACCAGCAGCAGCAAAAUACUCAGUCUGUGAAUGGUAACGACAAGGAGGACGAAGAAGUGGAGGAGGAGGAGGAGGAGGAGGAGAAGAAGGAAAAGAAAAAGAGGAAAACCAAUGUUGUCAAUAAUGGACUUUUGACAGCAGUGUCCAACUCUGGGACAGAUGACUCUCCACCCGUGCUAGAACUUACCUGCCCAGUGUCAUCGCCGCUGCCAGGUGACGCCCCCCUCGAACCACCUGUCCUGGGUAUCGUAACUGGAGGGCGGAGGUCACCCGGACGCUCCUACAAGCGUCAGAGGUCAUCUCGCAGUGGAAGCAAAAGCCAAGGUGAAGACGAGGCCGAAGUCGGCGAAACGCCAUCCUCACAACCAGAAGCUGUUCAUGAGGUUACUCCUCUGGGAACACCACCGACUCUGCCUUUGGUUGGAGUUGGUCGUCGCACGUCUGUUCUGUUUAAGAAAGCUAAAAAUGGAGCGCGAAUGGCAAAAAACAAAUCCCCACCACAACAAAAUGGGAAAACGUCCGAGGAGAAAACAAACGGGUUGGACAGCACCCCCGCCAGCCCAAAUUCACCGAGUGUGACCAACAUCACCACCUUACCUCCUACGCCCAACGCUUCCCCUGCACCUCCCUCUCCUUCCUCACACCACCUGAGAUCCAGAGGCCACAGCUCAGAGAGUGAAGCAGACAAACUUCCUCCAACACCCAGAGAAGGAGGCCUGACAAACGGAAAGCACACCCCUGCAGACCAUGAUGAUGACGACCAAAAACUAAACUGUAGUGUCUCCCCACCCAAACGGAGUCGUGGUAAACCUGCAUUGGCUAAAGUUCCCAGCAGUGAGAAUGGAGACAUCACUGGGUCUGGAAAGUCUACACUUCUGUCUUUAGAUAGUGAGACCGUGCUCUCACCUCUGGACCUAGUUUGGGCCAAAUGCAGAGGAUAUCCAUCAUACCCAGCAAUGAUUGUUGACCCAGACAUGCCCCAGGAAGGGCUUCUUCACAAUGGCAUCCCCAUUCCAGUGCCUCCUGUGGAGGUGCUCAAACUGGGCGAAUGGAGAGAAACGGAAGAAGGCGAAAAGCUCUUCUUAGUGCUCUUCUUUGACACCAAAAGAACUUGGCAAUGGCUCCCUCGGACCAAACUACUGCCGCUGGGGAUGGACGACACCGUGGACAAACUGCGCUUAAUGGAAGGCAAGAAACCCAGCGUUCGCAAGUCUGUACACACUGCAUACGACCGGGCCAUGGUGCAUUUAAAUCACGUGAGAGGAAAUCUAAAUUUCACUCCCUCCAAUUUUAUAUAGUUGGUUUUUUUUUUUUUUGUUUCAAGUAUCAUCUUAAACAGGAUGCCUGGUGGUUUGUAUAGAAGCUUUAUAAAUGCUCUUAAAAAGGUGGGAAAGUGAAAUGAACAUUUGAUGGUAUUUGAAGGUUUUCUGCAUAAAACUGUUGCUCUGAUUUUUAAAACGGAAAGAAAAAAGUGCUUGAAGACAUUUUACACAGAUGAAUUUGUUCAUUUAUUCAUGUCAUUUAAAAAAAAAAAAAACUGUUGCUAUGUGUUCAUAUAAAGUUUUUAUUUUAGGCCAAAGUGAGUCAAGACAGCGAGAAAAGUGUAAAUAUUUAAUCGUCAAAGGGAUUGUCUUGAUUCAAAACAUAUUUAGAUUGUAUUUGCCAUUGAAAUGUCACUGUGUUUUAUGAAGUGUGAAAGUCCCACUCAGUGUUCACAUCAUAUCUGGACUCUAUGGAUGUUUGGCUUAAACAGAUAUUUAGCCUUAAAAAAAUACUUCAAAUUCUAAGUAGUGUUUGUAAUCAUAUUAUAUGAACUUAAAAAAAACCCAAACCUGACCUUCAGAUCCUCCCUCUAUUUAAUCCUGUAUGAUCCAGCCUUUUAGUUACCAUUGUUAUCAAAUGGAGCAUCAUUCAAAAAGAAAUACAUCAAACCUGCUUGAGCUGGCAUCGACAUUAAUCCUAAGGCUAAGCUGGAAGUGGAGCAUCACUGGUUCAAUGUUUAUUCAACAAUUCUGAGAAUUGCUCAGGAUAUACAAGAUAUGUGUCAAAGAACAAUGAAUAGAAACAUUGAUAAUUUUAGGUCAAUGGGCUGCCAACACAAACAUUCUUGAACUGUUAGUCCAAUUAUGACGUGUUGAAGGUGGGACUUUAGAGCUCUUUACUUAUUUUUCCAUAUUGUGAAACUGUAUUAUGAUACUAGAACGUUGGAGUACCCGGUGCAGCUACUUGGUUCGUAAGAUGUGAAGCCACUAUAGAAGUGAAGCUGGUUAUUUUGUGGUUAUGACAACUUCUACUGCGAUCACUCACUGAAGAAAUUGCAAUUGUUUGCAAAUCUGGCGGAAAUUACUUGAAAAGCACAAUCGGUCUGUUUUAAAAAAAGAAAACAAAAAAAACAACAACUUAGGUUUGGUGACUCCGGGAGCCAUAUGUGUGGCAAAAACAUCUGUGUGUGUGUGCGCGUGUGUGUGUGUGCGUGUGUGUGUACAGUAUAUACAUAUAUGAAUACAACCUCAGUGUAGUAAAGGUGCAUGUGUAUAGUUUUGUAAAUAUGUAAAUGUAUGUUUAUAUUGGCUUACAUGAAGUAAUUUAAGGAAUGCAAAAAUCAAAUUUAGAUUUUAAUUUAUAAUUUGUGGCAGUCGAGAGUGUUAUUUAAAAAGUAAAAUAUUGAAAAGAUUUAUGUAUGAUGCUAAGUAGCUCUUUGUAAUAGUGACGGUAUUCACCAACAUGUCAGAACAUAUUCUCUAGAAGUGAGGCGGCACAAGACCUGAGCUCUGUAGGCAGCAGUAAGCGUACUAGUCUACAAGAGGGUUUUUUUGUUUGUUUUUUCUUGGGUGGCACAGGAGAUUUUUGAUCUUGUCAUUUGAAUUGUACUGCAAGAUCUAUAAUCUGCCUGAGACAAUAUUUUCUCACACAAGAAUAAAUGCUGUUUGAAACAAC